GUGGUGCACAUCAAAAUGGCAUUGAAAUGGGGGAUAGCAGCCGCUGGGAGAAUUUCGCAUGAUUUCGCCAACUCUUUGAGUACGCUCAAUCAAGAUGAUCAUAAAGUUGUUGCGGUUGCUGCUCGUGACCUCAGUCGAGCUGAAGAAUUUGCCAAGAAGUUCAAUAUUGUACAAGCCUAUGGGAGUUAUGUCGAACUGGCUCAAGAUCCAAAUGUCGAGGUUGUUUACAUUGGCACGCUGAAUCCACAGCACUUUGAGGUGGCCACAUUGAUGCUGGAACAUGGAAAGAAUGUUUUAGUCGAAAAACCAUUAUGCAUCAAUGAAAAACAAGCGCAUAAACUGAUUACAUUGGCUAAAGAAAGCAAAUUAUUUUUGAUGGAAGCGAUUUGGUCACGUCUCUUUCCCAGCUAUCAGUACAUUCGAAAACAAAUUGAAGACGGAGUGCUCGGUGAAGUUACAUCUGUUGAAGUUGAAUUUGGAUUUGCCAGUCUGAAAAUAAAGAUCGAGAAAAAGGACUUGGGUGGUGGAACCGUUUUGGAUCUAGGUGUUUAUGCCAUCCAGCUUUGUCAAUGGGUAUUCAAGCAAGUGCCAAUAUCCAUCACGGCAACAGGAAAAUUGAACGAUGAGGGUGUCGACGACGAAGUUGCAGCCGAAAUUAAUUAUGGUGACAAUAAAGUGGGCAAAAUCAAAACUAGUGCUUUGAACACGUUGAGCAAUACAGCUAAAAUUAGUGGAACAAGAGGCCAAAUUACGGUUCCCACAUUCUGGUGUCCGACUUCAAUAAUAGUUGAUGGAGCGGAGAUAUCGUGGCCAUUGUCGAAGGCAAAAUACCAGUUUAAUUCCACGAAUAGUUGCGGCUUGAGGUACGAGGCCGAAGAAGUACGCAAAUGCAUUCGUGAUGGCAAAUUGGAAAGCAAAAAUGUCACACAUAACGAAAGCUUGUUGAUCGCCCACAUCGAGGAUGAAAUCCGGAAACAAAUCGGCGUUAAAUAUCCAAAAGACGAAUAAACUAGAUGUUUCAGUUUGUAAUGUGAUGAUGUAAUCAGCAAUAACGUA